AUAGCUCCCUCUCUCUUUGUUUUACUUUUGUUAGUAUUUAUUACAUUUAAAAAUUUUACCGGUUUUUGAACUUCAACUAACCUUCAAAGUUACAAACAAACUCAAAACUAACCGGGUGUUAUAAUUUAUAAUAAAUAAAUAAGUAAACAAUUAAAUAACAAGUAUUACUAAUAAUGUCCUUUGAUAAUUUGAAAAAAUUAGGACGUUGUGUUGAUAAUAAAAUAAAAAAACUAAAUAAAAUAUGGGAAACUCCACAUAAUAUUAUAAAUAAUACUAAGGCUGUUGAUAAAGAAGUACAAGUUCAAGUUGAAAAUUUUUUGACAACUAUUAAUAAACUUCAUAAUGAAUUAAGUGAAAACAUUGAUGAACAAAAAGAAUCAACAAACGAUGUCGAUCGUUUUAUAAAUGAAUGUAAUGAAGUAUAUAGUAAUACUAUUAAACAAGGCUGCGAUAGUAUUGAAAUAAUUUUAAAAGAAUAUGGUUACACACCAUUGAAAAUCUUUAACAACGAAUCAAUAAUAUCAGAAUCCAGUAUUUUGAAAGAAGAAGACUUACAAAAUUUAUCACUUGUAGACAGUAAUAAUAUCAAUUUCAAUGACUUCAGUAAAGAGAGUAAUGAUUAUAAUGAUGAUGAUGAUCAAGUCUUGGAAAAUGAUCAGGAAAAUAUGAAUACAAAUAAUGAAUUCAAUGAUAUUGAUGUCAAACCGAAAUGUAUUCCAACGCCAGUUAUAAAACGCUUGGCAUCCCUUACAAAUCAAGAUAACAGAGGACUGCGAUUAAAUAAUUAUGUUACUCCAUUACGUUCUUAUCCUGAGGAGCCAACAUACUCACCUUAUUAUUAUAAUAAAAAUUAAUUCAUACAUUGUUUAGUAAAUAAA